UAAGGAAUCGAUUUUACUCGUUUUGCCACCACCGAAGAAGAACUGAACCCGGAAGUGCAGAGAAAUCCAAGUUGUCCGUUUCGCUUCGGCUGUGGAACCGAUCAAACAUGAUGUCUUUGCUUUCAAUGGCGUUCAGAGGAGCAGCAAAGAGUAAAGUGUCCAAGGCAGUGCUAUCGAGCCGCUCCUAUGCCAGCUUCACUCCUCAGGCCACCUUCGACAUCAAGCCAUGUGAUCUUUACCUGCUGGACCAGGCCCCGACCCAGACCGUGCUCACUCGGGAGGAUGGUCUGAAAUUCUAUCGCACCAUGCAGCUAAUGAGGCGCAUGGAGCUGAAAGCAGACCAGCUGUACAAGCAGAAGAUCAUUCGAGGUUUCUGUCACCUGUAUGAUGGCCAGGAGGCAUGUGCAGUGGGCAUCGAAGCCGCCAUCACCCUCGACGACCACCUGAUCACGGCAUACCGAGCUCACGGGUACACCUACACCCGCGGAGUGCCUGUAAAAGAGAUUCUGGCUGAGCUCACAGGUCGAAGGGGUGGAGUCGCCAAGGGGAAAGGAGGCUCCAUGCACAUGUACACGAAGAAUUUCUAUGGCGGAAACGGAAUUGUCGGCGCUCAGGUUCCCCUCGGGGCAGGAAUCGCUCUGGCCUGUAAGUACCGGGACAAUAAUCAGGUGUGUGUGGCACUCUACGGGGACGGAGCUGCGAACCAGGGGCAGAUCUUUGAGACGUACAACAUGGCGGCGCUGUGGAAGCUGCCGUGCAUCUUCAUCUGUGAGAACAACAGAUACGGCAUGGGCACGGCGGUGGAGCGAGCUGCAGCCAGCACCGACUACUACAAGCGAGGGGAGUUCAUUCCUGGACUGAGGGUGGACGGCAUGGAUGUGCUUUGCAUCAGAGAGGCUACCAAAUUCGCUGCAGACCACUGCAGAUCCGGAAAGGGCCCAAUUCUUAUAGAACUUCAGACCUAUCGUUAUCACGGACACAGCAUGAGCGACCCUGGAAUCAGUUAUCGGACACGUGAUGAGAUCCAGGAAGUGCGCAGCAAGAGCGACCCCAUCACUUUGCUGAAGGACCGACUGCUUAACAACAACUUGUCCAGCGUGGAGGAACUUAAGGAGAUCGACGUGGAGGUGCGUAAGGAGGUGGAGGAAGCAGCGCAGUUUGCUACGUCUGACCCCGAGCCCCCGCUGGAGGACCUUUGCAACCACAUCUACUUCAACCAGCCGCCCAUUGAGGUGCGAGGAACAAACCCCUGGGUCAAGCUCAGGUCCACCAGCUGAACACUACCAGCCCCGAGUCCUCCACAGAGCUGACUGUGCAGCCCGGAGCUCCGCGAAACCUCCAGAAUGUUCCAGAAUGUCCCAAAACGUCUCUUAACUAACCAUAAAACAAAACGCACAAAUGCCAAGGGUCACAUUUAUUUUAUCGUCUUCAUCAUCAGCAUCAUGUGCCUUCUUUCUUCUCGUCUGAGAUCUUCUCUGUUACAUAUUUUAUUGUUUUCUUUUUUUCUGAUCAAACCAAUUUCAAAAUAUUGUGAAUAAAAAAAAAAAGUCAAA